AGUUUAUUGUUGAAUUUGAACCAAAAGAGUUGUUGCAUAUUUUGUUAGUCAUCACUCAACUAAAGUAUAAAAAUGUCGGACAGUGAUCGGUUCUUACAAGUUAAUGUGCUAUAACUAAACGAAAAGUUAUUUCAGUUGCAAUCAAUUAACGGAAUGCGUUUAGUUUAAUGACUUUUUUCAAGUAACAACCUGAUGAGUGUACAAACUUUUAAAAUGUAAAAUAAAAGGUUCAGCACCUUUCUCACGUCUAAUGUGAAUCGUCCAAAUAACACCAGAGUAGUAAGAAUGUUAUUGCGCGAUUCAUACCAUUGAUGACAUGACAAAGACAUCGACUUACUUUAGUGUACACAACUUUAGUGUGAUCUAAGAAAAUAAUAACAAUGAAAUUAUGUAAACUGAAUAUUGCUGUUACAAUAAUAUUUCUGUGGAUCUAUAGAGUUCGAUGAACUGGCGAUCGAAGUCUUGAAGAAAAUAAUUAGCGAACGAAUUCCAAUAUAACUGUGAAUAAAUUGUGUGUGCGGAUAUUCCUUUUGCUAUGAAGUCAUAAUCGAAACAAAAACAUUUUCAUCUUUACAUACCUAUACUACACCUUUGUGGAUAUAUUGAGUUAUAGUAUAGUGAAUAACAUAAAAAUGGGGUUUAGACGUUCCGGAGUUACCAAAGAUUAUGAAGAAAUGCCAGGGGCGAAUGUUCCAACCGGCUUGGAAACAGUCGAAGCGAAUAGAGAACAUCCACUUAGUCAGGAGUUCGAACUUUCAUCUGUUAGUGUUGUACCCGACGAUACUUAUACAGUCACACAAGCUGUUAAUGCGUUAGGCUUUGGAUGGUUCCAAGUGAAAUUAUCACUGUGCGUUGGUUUGUGUUGGAUGGCCGAUUCGAUGGAAAUGACCAUUUUGAGUGUGUUAGGUCCCGCUCUGCACUGUGAUUGGGGUAUUACACGAUACCAACAAGCUUUGACAACAACCAUUGUAUUCUUGGGGAUGAUGCUUAGUUCAACAUUUUGGGGACAAUUAAGUGAUAGAUACGGAAGGAAGCCGGCAUUGACUUUGUGUGGUGUACUACUAUUUUUAUACGGUUUGUUGAGCUCAGUUGCUCCAAGUUUUGGGUGGCUGCUAUUUUUAAGAGGACUUGUCGGUUUUGCUAUUGGAUGUGUCCCUCAGUCAGUAACGUUAUACGCUGAAUUUCUUCCAACGAAACAACGAGCCAAAUGUGUGGUUCUCUUAGACUGCUUUUGGGCACUCGGUGCUUGUUUCGAAGUGGCACUAGCGCUGGCUGUAGCUCCUACACUGGGAUGGAGAUGGUUGUUGGGUCUUUCUGCAGCUCCUUUGUUCGUGUUUGCAAUUAUAACUCCGUGGUUACCCGAAUCAGCGCGCUACCACGUAGCGAGUGGCCAAACUGAGAAAGCUCUAUCAACAAUAGAACAGAUUGCUAAAGACAACAAACGGCCUAUGCUUUUGGGUAGAUUGGUUGUGGAUGGUCCUUCCGGACCUAGAGGAAGCAUCAAAGCUCUACUGAGUAAAUCGUUACGACGUACUACGCUUUUAUUGUGGUUCAUAUGGAUGUCUUGUGCCUUCUGUUACUACGGGCUAGUUUUAAUGUCAACCGAACUAUUUGGUGGAUACAACAAUCGAAUCGAUCCAGACAAUUCUGCUGAAUGUCAUCCAUUACAGACAACCGACUAUAUGGACUUAUUGUGGACAACCUUAGCUGAAUUUCCGGGUAUUUUUGCGACAAUUGCUAUAAUUGAAAAAUUUGGACGUAAGAAAACCAUGGCACUGCAAUUUUUAUUGUACGCUGGAUGCGUUUUACUGUUAACAUCGACUGAAGAUCGGACAAUCUUAACAAUCAUCUUGUUCAUGGCUCGAGGGGUUAUUGCUGGACUUUUUCAAGCUGCAUAUGUAUACACGCCCGAAGUGUAUCCGACAUCUUUACGGUCAGUAGGAGUUGGCGGUUGCUCAGCAUUAGCAAGACUCGGUGCAAUGGCCACACCAUAUGUAGCUCAGGUACUGUUGCAGUCUUCUGUUUGGAGUGCAGUAUCAGUUUAUGGUCUUUUUGCAGUGUGUGCUAGUGUUGCCUGUUUGCUACUUCCGUAUGAAACGCGUGGAGCUGAUAUGGCUACGUAAAUUAUUUAUUUCUUUUAUUUAUUUAACAUUCAUUGAAUGACUUUUUACCUCAUCAAAUCAUAUCAUGCAAUAAAUUAAAUUUAUUUAUACACGGAUAAUUUUGGUUUUCAUCGCG